AGCAAGAUGGCGGAGAGUGGAACUCCUGUUGGAAACAGUACAGAGCCGACAGAAAAACCUCCAGAUCCCGGCGAUAACAUUGCAGCAGAACUUCAGAAGAAGAUUACCGAAGCAUUCGAUAUUUUUGAUCACGAAGCGAACAAAACUGUUGACGUUAGAGAAAUUGGAACUAUAGUUAGAUCGUUGCUUUGCUGCCCUACAGAAGGAGAACUUCACGAUAUUUUAGCUGAUAUUGAGGAAGAUGAACCUACUGGAUACAUACGCUUCGACAAGUUUCAGCCUGAGAUGCUAAAAGUGCUUUUAGAACGACGAUACAAACCUUCUCCAGAAGAUCAGCUUUCAAAGGCUUUUGAUGUACUUGACCAAGAGAAAAAUGGCUACUUGACAACAGAAGAAUUAACAAAAUACAUGACUGAAGAAGGGGAGCCAUUUACCCAGGAAGAGAUGGAAGAAAUGCUGUCUGCCGCUGUUGACCCAGAGAAGGGUGUGGUCUUCUACAAAGACUUUGUUGCUAUGAUGGUUGUUGAGGACACAUAAUUGUUCUAUAAUAAUGUAAUAUGUAAAUAUUUGUCAUUACAAUUUCUGAAUUUAUUCGUCUCACAUUCUUCCUUUUUCAACUCUCCUUUUCCUGUAAACAGGAAAUUCGAGCAUGCCAAAGACAAACUGUAUCUUCAUGUCAUUUAUGAUAAAACCACCACAAAAAAACGCACCUCAUGUCACGCGACAAUGAUUCUGUACUUGAGCAGCCUGACAACUCCAACAUGAAGGACAAGGGCAGGGCGUGCAUGAAUAUUAGGGAUUAUGAAUAUUUCUAGUUCGUAAAGAGGAAAGGGAUGUGGCAAUCAUAUUUAUUUAUUUAGUGAAUCAAGAGAUACAGCUCUCUGGCCAUCCCUUCUUAAGRGUGUUUGUCAGAGUGUUUUUUAACCCCAUGAUUUCCUGGGUUUCAGUAUUGAUGUUAUUUAGUCGGGUUAUAAUAAUAAUAAYAAUACUGUUUAUUAAGCCCACUGGCAGUAAUGAUAAUACUGAAUUACAGGCUUGGUAAAUAAAUGGAAAAGGACAAAACA